CAGUAAAUUUCCCAGUGUUAAAUCAGCAGUGUUAAAGUGUAUUUACUCUAAUAGAGUCAUUAUAACAAUAGCUGGAGCAAAACGCCCCCCAGUGUGGGUGAUGAUUCGUGGAGUUAAAAGAGGCAGUGUCAACGUUACUCUAGAAAGCUCCUCCCACCACAGACUCGUUUUCAAACCAAGAGGAUUUUUCAGGACGCCAUUUUCUUCACAUCAGUUGCAGGGUAAGUUGCUCAUAUUUACUUAUUAAACCAACAAUUCGACAUUUUAAGCACAGGUAGCACGUUAAAAUAAGGUUACAUUCCUUUUGUCCAUGUUUAUUAUAUAUUUCAUUUUGUACCAGAAGCAAAUGUGACACUGUCUGUAUGCUAAUGUAAGGUUGUUAAUUAGCUAAAAAAGUUGACUGAUAUCAGUGUUGGACUGUAAGGCUUGUUAUCAAAAUUUAUUUCAGUGUGUAGUGGUGAUUGUGUUGUGUUCUAGCAUGUUCGAAAUUCCAUUAAAUUAAACCUUCCAUGUGUUGGGAUCUACAUAUUAACAUUAGCUAGCUAACUAGCAUUUUGGCUAACCUCAGUGCGCGGCAAUUCGCUAGUUAUCAUUAAAUUUUAAAUUAGGUAACCCAAGCAUUAACUAAUUAAAAGUUUACACUAAAUGUUACAUCUUUCUUUUUUUUCUUUUUUUGAUACCUAGGUACCAGAUAUAGAGGUCGUUUUCAGUAAGGAAGCAUGCUGCUUAAAGCAAAACUUGGAGGUGUGCAGAAAUUUGUUAGAGUAUCUGUGCCAAGCCUUAAGGAGUUUUUGAUUGCUGCAUUUGCAAAGUUUGGUGUGCCAGCCGUAACAGAAGGAGUGAAAGUUUUUGAUAGUUCAGGGACUGAGUUGGAUGAGGAUGUAUUUGAGGAUAUAAUAACAGAUCCCUCAACCGGGGUACUAACCAUCAAAUAUGAAACAGGUCUGGAAACGUCUGUUGCAGAAGUGUCUCCUGAGCGGUUCCAGUUAUCAUCGCCACAUUCAUCAGAUUCACAGGAUACGGUCAUCCUUUCAGACAGCCCUUUGAGGAAACGUCAGAAGCUGGAUGCAGAAGCUAAGCAAUUGGUGGAAUCGAUUCUCACCAGCAAACCUGGUGGAGAACGUAUAAUAAAUGAAUACAAUCGGACCAAGUCCCUGGUUGAUGAAACCAGAAGAAAAAUGGUCAACAUACUGGUAGCUGACAUGACAGAAAAAAAUGGUACAUCACCACCACGGCAGGUAAAAGAAAUGUAUGCCAGAGGAAUUGUAACCUUUUUCCCUUACCUCAGUGACCCGUACUCAAAAAAUGGCUAUGAACAUUAUUAUGAUGGAGAGAGUGGCACUGGGUACUUGGCCUGGAGGAUUAAAACCAUACAGAGAUGCACUGCUAAAGAGAGGCGAUUAUCAUCUGGAGCACCAGGAGAUGGAUCAUCGGGUGAAGACCAGUGUGGUGGACCAACUGUCAGACGAGAGUUGCAGUUUGUUACAGAGAACGUGCUGAGUGAGGAUGAGUGUAAGGAAGCAAUCUCUCUGAUGAACAUUCAGCUGAUGAAGACACAGUCAAGAAGAAGAUGAAGUUGACAUUUGUUUAUCGACACAACAUGGUCCUUGACCCCCUGCUGUCAAGCAACAUACUAUCUGUUUUUCCACGUUUCAAAGAUAUCAAAGGCUUGAUCGAACAGGAUUUUGUACUGAUGUUUGGUGAGGAUGUAUCAGGCAGGUUGCUGGAGAGGUGGCCAACAACAUUCAAAAGAAAGAUUAUUCAACAAGGCAGAAAGCUUCCUUCUACCACUGACCUGGAAGAACUCUUGCUGGCAGCUGACUCUCCUGAGGAUGCCACUGAAGUUAAUGCUGACAUUGGCUGGGACAGUGACCUCUCAGCGAUUCUAUUGCUAUUACAUCUGAUUCCACCAUCUGGUCAGGGUCGGAAGAGACCAGGAAAGGUGUCAGCUUCUCAAGCAGAAAGGCAUCUUGUGGUUUUCAUGAAGACUGGAACAAAUAUCCAAGAGCACCUUGAUGCCAUCACUACCAGCACUCAACCCUACCUCCUGGCUGUUGGGGUGAAAAAGAAUGACAUCCACCAGUUCUUCAUUAUUCUUGACAAGAAUGCCAUACCCUGCAAGUCUACCUCUUCACUUGGUGCUUUUGAUGAACUGUUUAAAGCACAUUUUGUGUUUGGCACAUCUUACAACACCAUGCUUCACAACAUGUAUACGUUCAUCCAAACCACUGUGUACAAUAUAGAUGUUGGCAAAGUCAAAGAAAGUCCCAGAGUUGCUGAAAUAAGGACAAGGUUGCUUCGUUAGGGCUUGAAGGUUAAUUCUCCAUCAUGAAGUGUUUUGUCUGUCAGGCUGAGUUUACUGGUUCAAACAUGCUUGUUAGGCAUUUACGGUUAGUUCAUGGUUACUUACCUGGAAGAAAUCUUCGCCUUAAAUGUGCCCAGCGUGACUGUGGCUGUGUGUUUGGCACUUUUUCAGGUUUUAGAAAACAUUUAAAUACCAAACACCUUAACUAUUUCAACCAACAGGCUGACACUGAUGUUAAUUUGCAGCCUGAUGUGGCAGUUAAAGAAGUUAGCACUACAGGGGAGGUGGUGUCAACUAAUGUAGAAGAAACACCCACAACAUCUGAAAUGUUGAAAAGUUCAAAUAAGAGCACUUUGGAUAUGUGUGCCUCUACUGUUGCACAGCUCAGGGCAGCUGGAUUAAGCCAAUCUACUGUGAAUAGUUUUGUCUCCUCAAUGGAGGAAGUGUUUUUUGAGAUUCAUACUCAGGCUAAAGAUGCAGCUUUACAGAGCUUACCUUCACAGGACACUACAAGUAAAAAGAAAUUAGAGCAGUCAUUCGAAAACUUUGAAAACCCAUUCACACUGUUAAAUUCAGAAGCUAAACGAAAUAGGCACUUUAAACAAAAAUGGGCAACUGUUGAACCUGUUGAAAUGGUGCUUGGCACAAGAUUUGACAGUAGAAGAAACAAGAUCACAGGGACUUUUGAUCAAGUCAUUGUAACUGAUAGGUUUGCAUAUGUUCCUAUUUUGGAAACACUGAAAACUAUCUUUCAAAACCACCAUGUUGUCGACACGUUCAAGUCGAGGAAUAUGUCCAGAGAAGGUGUGUAUGCAGACUUAAUCGAUGCUGCCUAUGUUAAAAGAUGUCCCCUAUUUUCUGCAGAAAAAGAUGCCUUACAAAUUCAACUGUUUUAUGAUGACUUUGAAACUGCAAAUCCUCCGGGCUCUAAAAAGGGUAUACAUAAAUUAGGUGCAAUAUACUUUACACUAAGGAAUUUUCCUCCAAUCUUUAAUUCGUUGUUGGUCAAUAUUCAUUUGUGCGCUCUUUUUCAUGCACAAGACUCAAAGCGUUAUGGCUUUAAUUCAAUCCUUGAGCCACUUGUCAAUGAUCUGAAAGUUCUUGAGACAGAGGGACUGAAACUUCCCAUGUUUAAACACUUGGUUCAUGGCACUGUAAUCCAGGUCACUGGGGACAAUCUUGGCUUGCAUAGUCUGUUUGGGUUCGUGGAGUCAUUUGCAGCUCGAUAUUGUUGUCGUUUUUGUCUGCUUGAGAAGGAUUGUUUUCAAAGUGUGUUCUGUGAAGAUGAUUCUGGUGUUGUACUAAGAACUCUUGAUAUGCAUAAGCAGCACUGUGAAAGUGUACAAAGAGAUCCUACGCUACCUCAUGUAUGUGGUGUGAAACGCACUUGUCUCUUGAAUUCACUUAAAUAUUUCAACACAGCCAACAAUUUUUCUGUAGAUAUCAUGCAUGACAUUUUGGAGGGAGUUGCUCAGUUAGAGGUGAAACUUGUGCUGCAGUACAUUCAGGAGAACUUCCUAAGUGCUGAACAACUUGCUGGUAGAAUACAUGCCUUUGAUUAUGGCUUCAAUCAGCAGCAAAAUCGCCCACCAAGGGUAAAGUUGUUUGAUGGCAGUAAUGAUUUAGGACUAAAUGCAAUUCAAUCUUGGUGCUUAUUGCGUAAUGUACCUUUGAUGUUUGGCGAUUUAGUACAGGUGGGUGAUAGCUACUGGCAUCUUCUACUUCUGCUUCUACAAAUUGUCAAUAUUGUGUUUUCACCAGUGCUGUCAGAAGGUAUGACCAUCUACCUCAAACAUUUAAUUAUUGAUCAUCAUCAGCUCUUUAAGCAGUUAUUUCCUACACUCAGUCUCUUACCAAAGCAUCACUUCAUGAUACAUUACCCUCGCAGUAUACGAAAUAUUGGCCCAAUUCUGCACAUGUGGUGCAUGCGUUACGAAGCCAAACAUAACUUCUUUAAGAAGCAAUUAAAAAGCUUUAAAAACAUUACAAUGACAUUAGCCAAGAAACACCAAAGUUGUAUGGCCAUGUAUUGGGAGUCUUUUAGCCUUGAAAGAUUAGCUUUAGGACCAGGAAAGAUGGUGACACUUGGAGAGCUGAAAGAAGGUCCAGAAAUUGCUUUAAAAUUUGGAGCUAUGUUGUCUACCAGUGUU